AUGGGGAAGCUGAUUCGCCUCGAGCUAUUUAAUUUCAAGUCCUACAAGGGCCACCACACGUUGCUCUUUGGCGAUGCAUACUUCACUUCCAUUAUCGGCCCCAAUGGGUCUGGAAAAUCGAACUCUAUGGACGCGAUUUCCUUCGUCCUUGGAAUCAAGUCGUCGCAUUUGCGAUCAACCCACCUUCGUGAUCUAGUCUAUCGUGGUCGUGUUCUACGUACCGCAAAGAUCAAUGACGACGGCUCGGCAUCCAAGGACACGGCGGGAGGGCCUGGGGGGCAGAACGGUGAGGUCGCUGACGAACCGGCAGAACGAAGUGACCCCAAGUCGGCGUGGGUUAUGGCUGUUUAUGAAGAUGAUGCCGGCGAGGAGCAGCAGUGGAAACGCUCCAUUACGAGUCAGGGUGUCAGUGAAUACCGUAUCAACAACCGUGUGGUUACAGCUCAGCAGUACAAUGACGCACUGGAAGCUGAAAACAUAUUGAUUAAAGCUCGCAACUUCCUUGUCUUCCAGGGCGAUGUGGAGUCAAUUGCUUCUCAGUCUCCCAAGGACCUUACACGGCUGAUCGAACAAAUCUCUGGAAGCUUGGAGAGCAAGGCGGACUAUGAGAGAUUGAAGGCAGAGCAGGAGGAAGCCGCUGAGCAGCUUAACUUCCAACUCAACCGUCGACGAGGUAUCAACUCGGAGAUAAAGCAGUACCAGGAGCAGAAAAGGGAGGCUGAGACGUACGCUCGCAAGGCUGAGGAGCGCGACCAAGCCAUCAUCACCCACAUCCUCUGGAAACUCUUCCACUUUCAACGCUUGAUUGUGGAAUCUAGCGCAGAAAUUCAGAAAUACCAAGAUGAAUUGAAAGAGUUUCGCCGAGGUGUCGAAAAGUAUGAAAAGAACCUCGAAGAUGCUAAAGUUGACCAUGCUCGAGUUGGCAGAGAUGUUGCCAGGGCAGAAAAGAGUAUCAAGCUGAAAGAGAAGGAGAUCGAAGAAACUACUAAUUCUCUUGUGCCGGUGGACGAGAAGAUUGAGAUAACUGCAAAGAAGGUGGCCAAGUAUGCCGAACGAGUAGCCGAAGUAUCCAAGGAAGCACUCUCGCAGUCAAAGACUGUGAAGCAGCUCGAAAAGGACCUCAAGAUUGUGGAAAAGGCGCAGAGCCAAUGGGAGAACGAAUGGAAACAAACAAUCGCUGUCAAAGGAAUCCAACUAACUGAUGCUGAUCUCCAGGAAUACAGCAGGCUAAAGGAAGAAGUCAGCAAACGUUCAUCUAAUACACAGUUGAAGCUAGACAAUUUAAAGCGUCAGAGAAAGGCCGAUGCGGAGACUGUCAACAGUCUGAAGAGCAAUCUUGAAAGUGUGGAGUGGCAGGCGAAGAACUUGCAAACCGAUAUGGACCACAUACUCGAACGGAAGACAGCCAUCUCCGCAACUAUCAAAUCUACGACUAAGGAGAUAGAUGCCACUAAGAAGGAGCUCAACAGCCUUACUUCGGAGCGCCUACGCGUUGCCCAGAUGCGAACGGAAUUAGAAGAAAAACUCCAGGUCACUUUGAAGAAAUUGUUAGAAGCAGACGAUGGCCGGCAGCAGAGUGAAAAGGAACAGCGCACUAAGGAAAUGAUCUCAACCCUGAAACGCAUCUUCCCAGGCGUCAAAGGUCGCGUUAGUGAGCUAUGUCAACCAAAACAGAAGAAGUAUGCUGAGGCCGUGAGCACGGUACUGGGACGUCAUUUUGACGCAAUUGUUGUCGAUAAUGAAAAGACUGCCAAAGAAUGCAUCCAGCACCUUCGUGACCAGCGUGCAGGUCAGGCUACAUUUAUUCCCCUGGAGACCAUCCAAGUCAAGGCCCUAAACUCGAAUCUGAAAGGCAUGCAUCGUGCCAUGCGCCCAGCCAUUGAGACUGUUGAUUUUGAUAACUCUGUCUCGCGUGCCAUUACAUAUGCUUGUGGGAACUCAAUAGUCUGCGACGAUCUGGCAACUGCUAAGUAUCUAUGCUACGAGAAGGGUGUAGAGGCAAAGGCAGUAACAUUGGAUGGCACAGUUAUCCAUAAAGGUGGUUUGAUGACCGGUGGUCGUGGUCCGGGCCAGCGUAAUGCCAAACGCUGGGAGGAUACAGAAGUUGCCAAUCUUAAUAAACUAAAGGAUAAGCUAAUGGCAGACUUGGCUAAUCUUCCCAAGGCUCAUCGCAGAGGAUCCGAAGAAGAGUCUCUUCAGGGCCAACUCACCGGCUUAGAACAACGCCUUGCGUACUCUCGAGAUGAACUGAGCGCGCUCGAAAAGAAUCUAGAAAGCAAGUCGAGUGAAGUUGAUUUUGCCAAACGCCAGAUGAAGAGUGUUCAGCCAAAGUAUCGCGAAAAGUCAGCAUUGCUCGAAAGCCUCGAUCAGUCAAUCAAAGAGAUCCAAAGUUCUGUGACUGAGGUUGAGGAUAAGGUCUACCGUGACUUCUGUAAGCGGUUGGGAUACAAGAAUAUCCAGGAAUAUGAUGCUCAACAAGGCUCGCUCCAGCAGGAAGCGGCCGAGAAGAAGCUCCAGUUUACUACUCAAAAAACCAAGAUUGAGAACCAGCUCAGCUUCGAGAAGCAGAGACUCCAGGCCACUGAAAUGCGAAUUGAUAGUCUCAAGACGCAGUCACAGAGGGACGAGACGAUGGUCGCUGACUUGGAAGCGGAGCGUAGAUCCAUUCAAGAAAGGCUCAAUGAACUUAACCAAGAAUUAACAUCGUUGAACGAUCGCCUUGAGGAACAGCAAAAUCUAUUCAAUGAAUCUACUGAACGUCUUGCACAGCAACGACGAGAACUUCAGCGACGGAGCAAGAAUGUAGAGGCUACUCUGAAAACCAUUAGUGGCCUGGAAGCUGAUGUACAGCGCCAUUCGUCCGGUAGAUACACGCUGAUAAGACGCUGUAAACUGGAAGACAUCGAUAUACCCCUGACGGCCGAUUCGGAACCGCUGGACAAACUCCCUAUCGACGAGCUUGUCCAGCCGGAUCCAGACGCAAUGGAAGUUGACGAGGAUUCCAACACAGCUAUCUCACAAAGCCACUUCGUACAGGACUUUGGUAUAGAAGUUGACUUCUCCUCACUGGGUGACUCUCUUAAGGAGGAAUCUGAUGAUAAACUCGAAGAAGAGCUCCAAGAGAGGGUGAGGUCUCUUAAUAAUGAGCUGGACAAAAUGGCGCCCAACAUGCGUGCCAUUGAAAGGCUAGAAGGCGUUGAAAACAAGUUGCGAACUAUCGAAAAGGAUUUUGAAGAUUCCCGCAAACGCGCCAGAAAAGCCAAAGAUAACUUUGAGGAAGUCAUGCAACGGCGGUCUGAGCUCUUUAACAAGGCAUUCACACAUAUUUCUGAACAAAUAGAGCCGAUAUAUCGUGAUCUUACUCGGACAGAGAGUUACCCCAUGGGCGGAAAAGCGUACCUGGAUAUUGAAGAUUCUGAAGAGCCUUAUCUCGAUGGCAUCAAAUAUCAUGCAAUGCCACCCCUGAAACGAUUCCGUGACAUGGAGCACCUUUCGGGAGGAGAGAAGACCAUGGCUGCAUUGGCUCUGUUAUUCGCUAUCCAUUCCUACCAGCCAUCUCCAUUCUUCGUUCUAGACGAGGUAGAUGCUGCCCUCGACAAUGCAAACGUGGCUAGGAUCGCGAACUACAUUCGCGAUCAUGCGGCCCCUGGCAUGCAGUUCAUCGUCAUCAGUUUAAAGACCGGGCUGUUCCAAGUCAGUGAGGCGCUUGUUGGUAUCUACCGAGACCAAGCUGCAAAUAGCAGUAAGGCAUUAACUCUGGAUGUCUUCACAGCUGAUUUCCCAGCUCAAGCAACUUCAAAGGCUCAAAAUAUGGCAGUUCUUGCCCAAGCUGGGCCUGACAUCUAA